AUGGAUUAAAUAAAUUCUUGGAGUAAUUGCACUCUUUCAAUCGUAGAGGAAGCCUAGUAAAAAUAAUAAAAUGAAUUUAAUGAUACUAUUAAUAAUUAUCAAAAAUUAGAAGUGAAAGGUAGAGGUAGUUAUGGAGCUGCAUAUUUGGCUAUUUAAUAAAAUACAAAACUAUAAUGCAUCAUUAAGGUUUAGUGUUUAUUAAUUUAUAUAGAUUAUCGAUACUUCUAAUAUGAAUAAUAAAUAAAAAGAGAAUGCAAUAUGUGAAGCCAAGAUUAUGAAAGAUUUAAAGCAUCCUAGUAUAAUUAAAUAUUAUGAGUCAUUUUUUGAAAACAUGUAAUUUGUAAUUUUUUAUAAAUAAGUUCAAAUUUAUGUAUUGUAAUGGAAUAUGCUGAAAAAGGAAAUUUGGAACAAACCUUACUUGAAUAUAAAUAGAAUAAUGAAUAUUUAAAUGAAACCCUUAUAGUUGAUUGGUUUACACAAUUAUGUUUGGCUGUUAAAUAUCUACAUGAUUAAAAUAUCAUACAUAGAGAUAUUAAAACUCAGAACAUUUUCAUAACAAAAGAUAAUUUUAUCAAGUUAGGAGAUUUUGGAAUUGCUAAGGAAAUAGAAUGUAAAGAAUAAUUAUGUAAAACUUCUAUUGGAACUCCUUAUUACAUAAGUCCAGAGGCUUUUCAAUCUAAACCUUAUAAUCAGAAAUCCGAUAUGUGGAGUUUAGGAUGUGUUUUGUAUGAAAUGAUUGCAUUAAGACAUGCAUUUGAUGCUAAAAGUAUUUGAAAACAAGAUUUUACUCAUAGCUAUUGAAGGAUUAGGAAUUAAGAUUUUAAGGGGAUAAUAUCCACCAAUUCCGAAGCAUUAUUCAGAAGAGCUCAAAAAACUAGUUACUUAAUUAUUAGUAGUUGAUCCAACUAAAAGAUUUAAUAUAAACGAUUUAUUAUAGUAGGAAAUUUUACUUAAUGGGGCAAAAAAAUAUUUAGAAAAAUAUACAUUUUAUACUUAAUAGACAAAAAGUAACGCACAAGGUCAUUUUACUGCAUGCAAACUUGAAGAAUUAAGAAUAAGUCUUGAGAACUAAUUAGGAUUAUCAAAAUUAUUGGAUUAUAUUUAAUAAAUUGUAAAUAAUUUAAAUAUAAUAUUUUAGGAAAAUAACAAUUUAGAUUUUAAUAACGAUUUGACUGAAAAAACUAUAAAAGACAUAGAAUAACUUAUAUAACUAGAAAAAUAAAUGUUUUGA